GCGGAGGCCAGUCUGCUUCGAUCCGUCCAACGAUCACGAUCUGAGUUGUAGCUUUACAAUCGGUUCACUCUACAUCCGCAUGGAAUAAGUGAUCAGGAGCAGUUGUCACAUUCGUCACAGCUAUCUCGCACGAGGAUGCGGUCACUUAGUGGGAGCUAAGCUUGUGAUACACAGGACAGGUCAUCAAGUAACGUGUGUGACUAUACUGAUUGGAUUUGGAGCAAGAGAGAAAGAGCUUGAAAAAAGUGCGUCCACUCUGGAUUCGUGCAUUUUAACAAAUUUUCGUCUCUGUAUUCGACAGCUCCUACGAUCGAUAGGAACAUAUACACACGCGCGUGUGUAUAUGUGUAUGUGAGUGCGCCGUGGUGGACUGUCGUCGAACUAUCGCACGCAGCGUAUUCGCAAGCAAGCGUCGGGAGGAGGAAAGAGCGAGAGAGUGUUGUCGAAUUGAUCGACUCGGACUGUCGCCACCAGCAGUAAUGAAGGCGAUGGUGGUCAGCCCGAUGGGUGGCCGUGUACCACGAUUACGUCGCCAUGUCCUGACGCUCAACGGUCUGGGCUUCAGCUCGCGAAUCGCUCGACGUGAUCUCGAAGCCGAGGAGGUGGCCGCUUACCUUACGAAGCUGCGCUCCCUCGUUCCGGACAUGCCGCGCAAACGGAGGCUUUCGAAGCUCGAGGUGAUUCAGAGGGUGAUCGAGUACAUCUGCGACCUGCAGACCGCUCUGGAGGAGACAAACGCGGGACAUCAAGAAAACGCGAAAACGACGCAACCGUCGAGGCAGCCGUUGCAACCUCUGCUGAACACAGCCACGAUGACCGCCACGACGACCGUCUCAACCACCGUGACGUCCGUCGUGAUGACGACAACGUCCCCCGCCGCGACGGUCGCUGAGCGGUGACCUGCCGGCCUGACUCAUUAAGGUACAGGUCGCAUCGAGGUCAACCUCCUCAUGGACUGAUGUUAGAUCGUCCUGUUUUGUCUUCGAGAGCGAAGUGUCCGAAGAUUUUCCGAAUACUUCGGACGUCACGUAGACUCGACCAAGAAAUAGGCUCGCCACUAGGCUAUCCCUGACUUGUGAGGAGAGGAGGUACAUUAAUCGUUCGGAAGAAAUACACCGGAAGGCCAUUCGAGGGCGCGCCUGCAACCGAAGAGAUAAUACGAAGAUGUAAAAAAAAACGAUGAAGAAGGACGCUUGAUAAAAGAGAAAAACAAAAAAAAACAAAAAACAAAAAAAAAGAGCGAACUCUAAGCCCGAUUUCCAAGUUCUAUUCUUCUCUCAUAAAGGGAAUUUGUAAAUACUUGUACAUAGAUUCGUAUAUCGCAUUCCUCACGUGAUCUCUUUCACUGUUGUAAGAGAACCUGGCACACAGAUCCCCUUUCAAUUCUUUCUCCUCUCUAGAAUCUUAUACCAUUCCAAUCUCUCCAAUCGACCGCGUGAUGUCUCGUCGUGAGAUCAGAUUCGAAAAUGAACACUGUACCUUUGUCCGAAUUUUAGUUUGCGAAAUUAAUAAUGUAUAAAAAAAAAAAAAAAGAAAGAACAACGCAA